GUGAAGUACUUUCCCUUCCUGUACAUUCAGUCCUCUACAUUCAAUUCAAUCAUUCCUAUGCCUCUGCUCCAGACGCUACAGGUAAGCGUGAGAGAAAGGCACAGAGAGAGAGACACACACACAGGGAGAGGAGAGACUGACUGAAGCAAUGUGCUGGACUUGGACUUGAGUUCCCAUCAACACUUCUGAAGCGGACAGCUGGGAAAAUAAGAACCUGCCUUGGAGGUUGUCAACUCUGACUAGAGAGAAGUAAGUCCAUGACCCUGAACUACUACAGCGAUGGACAAGAAAAGUGAAAAUGGCUACCCUAGAUCCGGAGGAGAGAGUGGAGGUGGGGGUCAGAGGAAGCAGCUGCCCUACUCCGUAGAGACCCCCUACGGCUUCCACCUGGACCUUGAUUUCCUCAAGUAUGUGGACGAUAUCGAGAAAGGCAACACCAUCAAGAGGGUGCACAUCCAGCGCAAGGCCAGAGGCCCUCCUAAGUUCAGCACCCUGCCCAGGAACUUCAGCCUGCUAGGGCAUGGAGCCAGGCCGGCCCCUAAGGACACCUGGUCCUCCACCCUAGGGCCCAAGCCCCGGGGCAGAAUGACUGAUGUCCAGCAGAUCUUGGAUUUUAGACCCAGUGACGGUGGCACAUUGGGUAUUCUUAGCCAGAACAGCAGGGUGCAAGGGAGUAGCUUUGCCUCUGCCAGGCCCAGGGAGGAGGCAGGUGUUGGGCCUUGGGUGUUAGGCGAACAGCCCCUGGGGAGGCCCAACCUCCUUCGGACGUCCAGCAUGCCAGUCACCAUCCCGCACAGGAAGGCCUCUGAGUCAGGGGAUGAAAGAACAGAGAACAUCUCAUCUGAGAACGUGAUCCGUGCUGUUCCCCAGGACCGGUCGGGGCUGCACCAGCAGAUCACCGCAGCCCUGAAGAGGGUCAGAGAGCUGGAGGACAUGGUGAGGACCAUCCCAGAGCUCAAGUCCCAGAUCUGCUCACUGAGGGUGGAGAGAGAGCAGCUAAUCCUCAGGCUGCAGGUUCAAACCAAGCCACAGCCUCCAGCCCACCCACAAAGUGCCUCGCCCUCCCCAGCCCCAAGCACUGAUCCCGGGCCAGCCUCUCAGCCGCCGGGGGCUAAAGCAGCAGUGGAUCCCGGGAGAGCAGAGAGCACUGUGUCAGAGGCAGAAACGCAACAGGAAUCCUUAAAGAGUACCGCGCAAGAAGAAGAACCAGAUAGGCUUUUAGAAGCACAGGAACCAGAGAGACAAAUACAGACAGCAGAGGGACCAGAUAGACAAACAUUUCUGAAUCCAUUAGUGUACGCAGAGGAAAGGCAAACAAAGCAACUAGAAAACGUUGCAACACCGAAAGCACCAGAACCUUUAGACAGCAGAGUGUUUGUGCAAGUCACAGAGGGAGUCAGUGGCACUGGUGAGGAGCACCAUCUCAGUGUCGAACAGCUCCAGGCUAAGCUAGUAGCGCUAGAGGCUAAGCUAAGUCAGGCUAGCGAAGACCUGGAGAGAACGAACAGUCUCCUGAAACAACAGGUAAAGGAGAACAUGAUGAAGGAGGAGAGGAUACUGCAGCUGAGCGUGGGAGGGACAGGAGGCGCGGAGGAGGUGUCCAGGCAGAGACAGACAAGUAGGAGGACCAGUGUGGACCAGCAGGCCGAGACAGAGAGAGUGGGAAGUGCAAGUCAGGAGACAGAGACAGAGAGGGCGGAUAUGGUGGAGCAGGGCACGGAUACAGAAAGGAUAGUCAUCUGUUUAACCGGAGAGGGGGCUGGUGGUGUGGAACAGGGGACAGAGACGGAGCGAUUUGACACUAAAGACCAGGUGACAGAGACAGAAAUGGUCAUUGUAUGUCCAGUCAGACCACGGGCUAAUAGUGUGGAUCGGAGAACAGAGACAGAGAGAGUGGACACAGUGGACCAGGUGACAGAGACACUGCCCGGAGACAGCUUAGACCAGGUGACAGAGACAGAGACGCAGACAGUCGUCAGUGUAGAUCAGUCAACAGAGACAGCACCUGCACGUCCAGUGAGAUCAGUGAGACAUAGGGCUAACAGUGUGGACCGGGGAACAGAGACACAGACAGUGGAUACUGUGAACCGGAUAACAGUGACAGAGACACAGACAGGAGUCCGUGUAGACCAGGUGACAGAGACACAAACACAGACAGCACCUGUACGUCCAGUGAGACCAGCGAGACAUAGGGCUAACAGUGUGGACAGGGGGACAGAGACAGAAAGAGUGGGUACAGUUGACCAGGUGACAGAGACAGUGGUAGCACAGAGUGCAUAUCAGCAGACAGAGACAGAGGGAGACAGAGUUGAGACUAGCAAUAACCACCAUAGAGAAAUAGAGAUUGAGAGUGCGGCCAUAGUAAGUGCGGCCAUAGAAAGUGCGGUCACAGAAAUUGUGGAAGCAGAACGUGUAGUCUCACGCAGUGUGGUUAAAGAGGGUGAGAUCGCUGAGAGUGCAGUACAUUUUGUGGUUAUAGAGAGUGUGGGCAAAGAGAAUGGGGUCACAGCGAAUGUGGUCCCAGAGAAUGUGGUCCCAGAGAAUGUGGUCACAGAGAAUGUGGUCACAGAGAAUGUGGUCACGGGAAGUAUGGUGAAGAGACAAGUAGUGGUAGUAGAGGAGACUGUCGUUGAACAAAUGACAUUGACUGAAAGUGUUGUUACACAGAGUAUGACCACAGAGAGUACAGUCGUAGAGAGUGCAGCCACAGAGAACUUGGCAACUGAGAGUGAGGUGGUAAAAAACACAGUUACAGAGAGUACGGUCACAGGAAGUGCGGUCAUAGAAUCUCCAGCCCCAGAGAGCCCAGAAGUAGCACCCACUCCCUCUUCCAGCCAGACCCAGAUGGGUCAGAAGGAGUCGGAGCAGGCCCAGCCCCAGUCACAGGACUCUCGUCGGGGGUCCAACCCAGCAUUGGCCCAGGCCCCUCGCCAGGGGUCUAACCCAGCCCUGGGCCAGGUGGUGACGCGCCUCACAGGGCUGAUCAAUGAGCAGUGGGCCCAGCUAGGUAGCAGCCAGGACAAGCCAGACAAGCAGGAGACCACCAGCCCGAGUGCCCAGAAGCCUGCAGAAGGGCAGGGUGCGCCCGCUGCAGGGAAGCCUUUAGCGGGGAAGGCAACGGGGAAGUCAGGUCUGUCUAAGAUGAGCUCCAUCCAGAGCCAGCUGGUCAGCUCCCUCAGUGCCCUGUCUGCCUUCUACUCCCCUGGACAGAAGGCAGCUGCCAGCAAACAACAAGGUCUGAAAUCCAUCAUGAAGAAGAACGAUGCUGCUGACAAACAGGGGAACAGAGGAGGAGCCAAGAAGAACCUAAAGUUUGUGGGAGUCAACGGAGGGUAUGAGACUACCUCAAGUGAGGAGGAAUCCAGUGAGGAGGAGAAGGGGGAGGUGGAGGAGGAGGAGGUGGACAGCUCUGAGCCUGAGGAGGAGCGGGAGAAGGAGGAGGGAGCUGGAGCAGCUCAGGGCCAGGGGGAGGCCACAGCUACAGAGGACGAGGCCCAGGGAGCAGGGGCCCAGGCUGGGGAGACAGAGGGCCAUGAAGACUCUCAGGACCCAGAGAACAGCCAGGCACUCCUGGAGGAGCAGCCAGCUGCAGCAUCAGGGGAGACGAUCGAUAAGGGCUUCAUGGAAGCGUGUGACUACAUUGAGGGUCGUAUGGCAGAGGUGGGGGCCCCCGAUAAAGAAAUGAGACAUGUCCUGAUGGUGUUGUACCAGGAGUGGUUCCGUGUGUCCAGUCAGAAGGACUCUCGGGCUGACACCGUCACCCUCUACCUGAGAGAGGUGGGCAUCGCCACGCCGACCCUCCUGCGUUACAUCGUGAACCUGGCCGACGGCAACGGCAACACAGCGCUCCACUACAGCGUGUCCCACUCCAACUUCCCUGUGGUCAAACUGCUGCUGGACACCGGUCUGUGUGAGGUGGACAUCCUGAACAAGGCGGGCUACACAGCCGUGAUGCUGGCCUCCCUAACAGCUGCUGAUGGAUCAGAGGACAUGGAGGUGGCUCUGCAGCUACUGAGACAGGGAGAUGUCAAUGCUCGCGCUAGCCAGGCAGGGCAGACGGCUCUGAUGCUAUCGGUCAGCCAUGGUCGUACAGCCAUGGUGCGGUUGCUGCUGAGCUGCCAAGCUGACCUCAACAUUCAGGACAAAGACGGUUCGACUGCACUCAUGUGCGCGUGUGAGCACGGUCACACCGAGAUCGCCCGGGUGCUACUGGAGUCUGGCCACUGUGACACCAGCCUCACAGACAAGGAUGGUCAGAGGGCUCUGUCGGUGGCGGUAGCGUCCUCCCACGCUGAGAUAGUUGACCUACUCAAGAGCCACUCAGAUUCCACCACCACCCACGCCUCCAACCCCUCUACCACCACCUCUGCCACCAUCAUCACCACCACCACAGCCUCUCUCCUCUGAGCCCCCUCCAGUAGUUCCUCUCUAACCCCUACCCUACCCCAGCCCCGGACCCACCCCCACCCUGGACCCACUAUACCCCGAACCCCUUUCCCUGGACCAGAGGAGGCUGGUGGGUGGAGGUAUAAGAGGACGGGCCCAUUGUAAUGGCUGGAGUGGAAUAAAUGGAACGGUGUCAAACUGAUCAAUCAUAUGGAAACCACAUGUUUGACUCCAUUCCAUUCAUUGAAAUGCAGCCAUUACAAUGAGCCCGUCCUCCUAUAGCUCCUCCCACCAGCCUCCACUGUCAUGGACCAUACUCUUUUCCAGACUGUCUGGAGGACAGACAAAGGCUGUAUUCACCACCACUGCCUAUAUCUCCCCACGGACCAGAGCUCAGCUCACAGAUAGGCCUAUUGGACCGGAGCCCCACAGACCAGAGCUCAGCUCACAGAUAGGCCUAUUGGACCGGAGCCCCACGGACCAGAGCUCAGCUCACAGAUAGGCUUAUUGGACCGGAGCCCCACAGACCAGAGCUCAGCUCACAGAUAGGCCUAUUGGACCGGAGCCCCACGGACCAGAGCUCAGCUCACAGAUAGGCUUAUUGGACCGGAGCCCCACAGACCAGAGCUCAGCUCACAGAUAGGGUUAUUGGAUCGGAGCCCCACCGACCAGAGCUCAGCUUACAGAUAGGCCUAUUGGACCGGAGCCCCACGGACCAGAGCUCAGCUCACAGAUAGGCUUAUUGGACCGGAGCCCCACAGACCAGAGCUCAGCUCACAGAUAGGCCUAUUGGACCGGAGCCCCACGGACCAGAGCUCAGCUCACAGAUAGGCUUAUUGGACCGGAGCCCCACAGACCAGAGCUCAGCUCACAGAUAGGCCUAUUGGAUCGGAGCCCCACGGACCAGAGCUCAGCUCACAGAUAGGCCUAUUUGAUCGGAGCCCCACGGACCAGAGCUCAGCUCACAGAUAGGCCUAUUGGACCGGAGCCCCACGGACCAGAGCUCAGCUCACAGAUAGGCCUAUUGGACCGGAGCCCCACGGACCAGAGCUCAGCUCACAGAUAGGCCUAUUGGACCGGAGCCCCACAGACCAGAGCUCAGCUCACAGAUAGGCCUAUUGGACCGGAGCCCCAUUUAGGGAGUGGGAAUAAUGUGUCAACUGUUUGGCAGCCAGCCAAUGUGACGCUCAAAAACCCAGUAGCAGUGGCGACAGUGGUGAUUGACAGGUGAUCCAGGAAGAGGGCAGAAGGACAACAGAAGGAUGAUGGUUUGCUGCUUUAUAAUACAAAACAAGCUAUUCAGGCCAAAAUAAUCUUAAACACAUGAUCGACCUUAACAAUCGGUCAUUUUAUUAUUAACACUAUGUUUUUCCUUUUUAUACCUGUAUCUAAGUUUCCAUCCAAUCGGCAACAGAUUUUCAUGUGAAUAUUUUAAAAUCCGCAUUAAGAAAAUAUGCACAUUUUCCCUCCGGUGGUGUGUUUCUAGCAAACUGACUUGUUGCAGGAAAAUUAAAUCUGUGCGUGAUGUAUUGCACACAACAUUCACAUUUUCGCAUAAAUUCAAGUUCAACGUUUUUGUUGUGUGUUUCAAAAAAAAAAAAGAAUGUUUAACCUUUAUUUAACUAG